GGAGAAGCAGGCUUGCAGCUGGAACUACAGCCCCCUUCCGUCCGCUGCGAAGGGCGGAAGAAACGAGUCGGCGGAGAUAACGCCGGAUGCCGCCUCCAUCCGUAGCCUAACACUUUACAAAGAAAGGGAAAAAAAUAAAAGAAAAGAAGAGAACCAUGCAGAUUAUUUCUUCUCCUUCUCUCUUACCUUCACCUCCCAGAAAAUUUCUACUAAAGAUCGACAUUGGUUCUCCUAAAUUCCAAAAGAAACAAGCGCAAUGUUUCUUGGGGGGCGAAGAAAGGAGUGUCAGUACGUGGAAUGGGAAGGAUGGUAGAAGCCGGAGAGCUAUCAUUGCGCUUUCGUUUGUUUAUUCGGGCUUCAUGGUGGCAUUAUCUGCCUCUGGGAAGGUGAAAAGUAAGAGCCCGUAUGAUGAGAAACGCUUGUUGGAGCAGAACAAGAAGAUGCAAGGGGCAAACAAUGCACCCGAGGACUUCCCAAAUUUUAUUAGAGAAGGUUUUCAAGUCAAAGUUGUGACAUCUGAUAACUAUGUGAAGCGUGACUCUGGACUGAUAUAUCUUGAUAUACAAGUUGGUAAAGGUGAUUGCCCAAAGGAUGGUCAACAGGUGACAUUUCACUACAUUGGUUACAAUGAAUCAGGCCGUCGUAUUGAUAGCACUUACCUGCAGGGGGCACCUGCCAAAAUUCGGUUGGGCAAUAAAGCAUUAGUCCCAGGAUUUGAAGAAGGAAUACGAGACAUGAGACCAGGGGGGAAGCGAAGAAUUAUCAUCCCUCCAGAACUUGGCCCUCCAGUUGGACCUUCUACAUUCUUCAGUGCCAAACAAUUUGAAGUUUUUGAUGUCGAACUGCUCAAUGUGCAAGACUGUCAACGAAGAACCAUAGUGUUUUACUCUGACGUGGUGUGCAACUGAGCAACCUUCAUAAUUUCCUCGAUGGUUAAAUAAAAGUCCUAUCAUGCUAACUAAAUUCAAGUCAAUCUAUGAAUCUUGCACUAUAGAUUGUAUGUUACAGCUGACUGUAGAGAUGAUUCUUCCAAAAAUUUAGAGAUCUUUGGCAAUCAUGUUGCAAGGUGUAUGAAGACUUAUUGAGCAUGGUUUCCAUGCCACUGCUAGAUUAGCAGCUGAAAUUCUUAUGAUCAUCUCCUCCCUCACACGUGUCCAACAAACACGGCAUCAGGUGCAGAGAACCUCUAAAUUGAGAAUGGAAGGAUUGGAUAAAUCAUACAACCAG